AUGGUUCCCUCAAGGUUCACCGUCGCAGCGGUGCUGCUUCAACUCGUUUCACUUACCCUCGCCCAUGGCGGGGAUGAAAAUCAUGGGACGGACAUGGGUGGUAUGAAAACGCCCAACACCGAUGGAGGUGAUCAAGGAAAGGAGAUCGAUCACCAUGACGCUUCGAGCUAUGCCGCCCUGGGGAUGCAUGGGAAUAUGAUAUUGGCACAUAUCAUCCUGAUGGUGUUGGCCUGGUUUUUUGUCCUACCCAUUGGCGUCAUGUUCAGCGUCGCUCAAUCGAGAUACACUCUCCCCGUCCAAUUCCUUUUCCUCAUCGUCAACGGCCUCGGAGUCCUGUUCGGUACGGUGUACAACAUCAAUACUCCUGAUUUGUAUGAGAAUAAUGCACAUCACAAGGUUGGCUGGAUCGCCACCUGGAUCAUGACCGCUCAAGUCAUCAUGGGUCUGUUGUUCACCUAUUCGAGAAGAGGGAAGCGAACGGCCGCUGCACCGGGUGAGCGGGCCGCUUUUUUGCCUCCCAUGUCAGUGGAAAACAUGGCUCAACACAAUAUACGCCCAUAUACCGAUGGCCGCUGGUCUGGCGACAGCGGCCAAGGAACCGAACGUUCCUCAACCCUCCACAGCCAAGAUGGGUCUCCGGCCGAUACCCUUCGACGAGAUACUUUCGACGACUUUGAGAAGCCCGAACCCGAAGAUGACGAUGACGAUGAACCGGUUGCGACCCCCAAACCACGGGCUCGCGCAGCCUGGUGGCGCAUCAACGUUAUCGACAAGUACUUGUCCGCCCGAAUUCCAAACCUGCUCUCAGCCGAGAUCCUGCGAGUUAUCGAGGUGGUGUACAAGAUUAUCGACAAAACCAUUCUGAUCCUGGGUUUCAUCGCAUUGACCACAGGAGGGGUCACGUAUGCUGGUAUCUUCCGAGGUAACGAUAUCUUCAACGGCCUUGCUCACUUCAUCAAGGGAGGAAUCUUCUUCUGGUAUGGAUUAUUGACACUGGGACGUUGGAUGGGGUGCUUUGCCGAUCUAGGGUGGGCGUGGAACGUCAAGCCGACCCGCAGUGAAGUGGGCCAAUGGAAAGCGGCUGUUCCCUCGGCUGAAUUCGUCGAGUCCUUGGUCAUCUUCCUUUAUGGCUGUUCCAACGUCUUUCUGGAACAUCUAGCUGCCUGGGGUGGUAAGUGGACUGCUCAGGAUUUGGAACAUGUAUCCAUUUCCAUCAUGUUCUUCGGCGGUGGCUUGUGCGGUAUGCUUGUCGAAUCCAAGAUUGUGCGACGAUGCCUCAAUACCGUGGUCGAUCAUAUGCCAUCUCGAACGGAAAUUCACCCCAGUGAGGCGCUUGAACUGCGUGCGCCACCGAAGCAAUAUAGGACAUCUCUCAACCCAAUGCCGGCGUUGAUUAUCCUUCUUCUGGGUGUCAUGAUGUCUUCUCAUCAUCAGGAUUCGAUGGUGUCGACCAUGAUUCACAAGCAAUGGGGUUCUUUGCUCGUCGGCUUCUCCGUCGCCCGAUUCGUCACCUAUGUGAUCAACUACAUCUCCCCCCCCAGCUCGAUCUACCCAUCUCGUCCACCGACCGAGCUGGUCUCCUCAUUUUGCUUGAUUUCUGGAGGUCUCAUCUUCAUGGCAAGUACCAGAGAUAUUGUCCGUCACAUCGAGAAUGCAGAUCUUAUGGCCAUGUUCGUCUUCACCGUCAUGAUGGGCUUUACUGCCUUUGUCAUGUCUUGUGAAGUGAUCGUGCUCUGCCUCAAGGGGUGGGCCUAUCGAAAAGAGCUCAAUGCAGCUGCAACUUCAGUUCGAUACUGA